UAGACCCGCGCCGCCGCGCAGCCCGCGGCCGCAUCCCCCGAGCGCGGCGGCCGGCGUGGGAACUCGGGCGGCGGCGCCGAAGGCGGGCGGCGAGCUCGGGCGCGCGCGGCGGCAGGAUGUGUGACCGGAACGGUGGCCGGCGGCUGCGGCAGUGGCUGAUCGAGCAGAUCGACAGCGGCAUGUACCCAGGGUUGAUCUGGGAGAGCGAGGAGAAGAGCAUGUUCCGGAUCCCCUGGAAGCACGCGGGCAAGCAGGAUUACAACCAGGAAGUGGACGCGUCCAUCUUUAAGGCCUGGGCGGUUUUCAAAGGCAAGUUCAAGGAAGGGGACAAAGCCGAGCCGGCCACUUGGAAGACGAGGCUCCGCUGCGCCUUGAACAAGAGCCCAGAUUUUGAGGAAGUGACAGACCGGUCCCAGCUGGACAUUUCUGAGCCCUACAAAGUGUACCGCAUCGUGCCCGAGGAGGAGCAAAAAUGCAGACUAGGCGUGGCGACUCCCGGCUGCGUGAGCGAGAUGACCGAGAUGGAGUGCGGGCGGCCCGAGAUGGACGAGCUCGUCAAGGAGCCGUCUGUGGACGACUACAUGGGGAUCGUCAAGCGGAGCCCCUCCCCGCCCGACGCGUGCCGGAGCCAGCUGCUCCCAGAGUGUUGGAUGCAGCAGCAGCCCAGCGCAGGCUUGCCACUGGUGACGGGCUACACCGCCUACGACACACACCAUUCAGCCUUCUCGCAAAUGGUCAUCAGCUUCUACUACGGCGGCAAGCUGGUGGGCCAGACCGCCACCACCUGCCCCGAGGGCUGCCGCCUGUCCCUGGGCCAGCCGGCCCUGCCGGGCGCCAAGCUGUACGGGCCCGAGGGCCUGGAGCUCGUGCGCUUCCCGCCGGCGGACGCCAUCCCCAGCGAGCGGCAGCGGCAGGUGACGCGGAAGCUCUUCGGGCACCUGGAGCGCGGGGUCCUGCUGCACAGCAGCCGCCAGGGCGUGCUGGUCAAGCGGCUGUGCCAGGGCCGCGUGUUCUGCAGCGGCAACGCCGUGCUCUGCAAGGACCGGCCCAACAAGCUGGAGCGUGACGAGGUGGUCAAGGUCUUCGACACCAGCCAGUUCUUCCGAGAGCUGCAGCACUUCUAUAACAACCAGGGCCGGCUCCCGGACAGCAGGGUCGUGCUCUGCUUCGGAGAAGAGUUUCCGGAUCUGACCCCGCUACGCUCCAAACUCAUCCUGGUGCAGAUCGAGCAGCUGUACGUGCGGCAGCUGGUGGAGGAGGCCAGCAAGAGCUGUGGCGGCGGCUCCCUGGCGCAGACUCCCGAGGCGCCCCAGCUGGACCAGUUCUUCCGGAUGUUUCCAGACGUGUGCACCUCACACCAGAGACCCUUCUUCAGAGAAAACCAACAGAUCACGGUGUAGCCUGUCUCGGGGGGCGCGCCGUCUGGCCCCGUCUCACGCCUCGUUCCUAGUUACUGUCAGUAUUUAAGGGUGUGGAUGCCCGUGACUGGGGCAGGAUGCUUCGCGGAGCUCCUGGUUCAGUAGGGGCGUCCCCGAGCACUGGACGCUGACGCCCCCGCGGGAGGAGCGCGACGGGACUCUUAAGCGUGGAAACGUGCUCCAGACGACCUGGGCGCUGUCCCUGUGACCUGGGAUUCAGACGUGGGCUUCCCGUACCCCCCAGUUACCGUGCGUGGCGGGUGCCUUCAGCGUCUGGGGAUAGGCCCAAGCCUGGGCCUUCAGUUUUACCAGAGAUGUGGGGACAAGGCUGCUUUUGUCUUUUCGUUACCGCGAUAGACUCGUGUUUCCAACGCUUGACUCGAUGUGGAGGGUCUUUACUUUUUACGCCAGUUCAUAAGAUGUAGAAAUACUUAGGUAACAGCCUCGCUUCCGCAGGUGACAGCAAAACGCCAGGCGUGUUAGGGGGGCCGGGCACGAGGCCUAGGAUUUGCCCCCGGCAGGCUUGUCCCCGCCGGAGGGCCUGGUGUGUUCCAGAAUGUUCCCUGUGGGCCUUCCUGCCAAGCGGCUUAGGUUUUCAUUUCUGUAAUUAAAUCAUUCCCAGAGCCCUUGCUCUUUUCUUCUUUCUAAAUGGUUUUGACCGGUCUUCAAAAUACACACAUUUUACUUGUCCUGUUGUAAACCGCUUUGAAUUUUCUUCUUUCUUACAAAGUGAGCUAUAAGCCACAGACUGCAAAAGUAACCGUACAUUGCGCAAGCAUUUUGAUUGUGCCUUCGAGUCCGUGAACCAGAGCCCAGCCAGGCUGUGGAGCGUGUGGGCCUGGCUCGGGCGGACUGGGACUGUGUCACGACCCCUGUCACCGGCGCCCCAGUCCCAGUCCCAGGGUGCGUGGUGGGAGGGACAGUGCCUUCCCCCUCCCUAGGACCCCUCGCGGUCUGGGGUGGCCCUGGGCCGCGCCCGGUUCUGCUCUUUGGCCGAGCCCUGUGCUGCGGCUCCCGGGGGAGGAGGCCCAGUUUCAGCCCCGGAAACACUCAGGCUGUUUGCUCGAGGAGAAGGUGCAUUCACCACCCCAGACGCUCAGACGGGUGAGGACAGGUCAGCCUCCUGCUGACCGUCCGCUGUGCACACAGCACAUCUCCACCAUGGCUCUAAAGUGACUUAUGAUUUAAAAAGCACUUGAACAUUUCUUUCUGGGGGGGGGGGGCGAUGUUGUAUUUUGCUCGGUGGGGCUGCCUCUCCCCACUCCGUGUCCCGGGUGAUGUGCCAGGCCGGGCAGAGGUGGGCGUGCCAAGUGAGCUAAGCAGGUCCCCACUCGUGUGGCCCCCAGGCCGGGGUGGGGAGAAGGGGCUUUGCUUCGUCCUUUCUCCUGACCCGCCGGUCACCACCGGCCCUGGCUCAGUCUCGGCUGUGAAGGGCAGGAAGGUGCACUUCUGUGACGCGGGAGAAGCUGGGGUUCAGGGGACAGGGUCAUUCCCACUCAGCGCAUCUGGCCGCCUUAUAACCGGCGUCUCUGAUUGGAAAUCCAAGCCGGAGAACCCGUGGUCAUGCUCCCCGUGGCCAUGCUCCCUGUGGCCACUUCGUGAAGGUGAUGCCAGCUUCGCGUGUGUAUCAAGACUUGGUCAUCGUGGGUCCCUCGAGCUGUGUUUGAAUCCACCUGAAAAUCGAGGGAAAUUAACAGAAGUGACUUUCCCUCUCUGGCCCACAAAGCUGACAUCGUAUUGUUAAGGAGAACAGAUCUGUUUUCUGAAAUUAUGUCAGAACAGCGGGUUUUGGUCUCUAGCUCAAACAAACAGUAAAGGAUAGAUCUUGAAUGGGCUAAAGGGAUAUUUAUUUUUGUAUCUACUUCAAAUGUGCAUUGAUCUGUUUUGUUCUUUAUUAAAAUAAAGUACUUUUUAAAAAGCUGA